UUGCGACCACAACGACGCCGUUUAGCCGAUCUUCUUCUUCAUUGGCUGCGUCUUUUCUUGCAUAUAUAUUGAUUCCUUCAAGUCCCUCUCUCUCCCGCAGGAUUCCAAUUUGCUCAAGCUGUUUUUGAUCGUAGACUUGAGCAUCGGCUGAUUUAAUUUUGAAGGAGGACAUUAUCAUUUUCCAAAAUGAAUUUUUCCUUCGAAGACGGGAAUUGGGGAUCGUCAAAUUUCAAUGAUGACAUUUUCCGGUGUCCAUUUUUAAGAAACAUCAAUGAACCGACUCAUUUUUCCUUCUCAUCCGCAAUGGCUUUGCCUCUUCCCAAACGAGACGCCAAAUCCCAAGGUCCUAUAUUUGAGGAUGGUCCCAAUUUUGAUAUGGCAUUCAGGCUUUUCCAUGGACAGAACGGCGUCGUUCCACUUUCUGGGAAGUCAUUUAUUUGCACCGAGAAGCUUCCAUCUGAGCAAGCACCGGCGCAGUUCAACCCUCUGGCAGCGAAAGCAGCCACCAUCAGCCUCUCCUCUUUCGGCUUCGGGGGACCUUUUGGUUUUGAUGCUUUCUCUGAGAUGUGGAAGAAGAACAACAAAAAAUCAAAGGAUUCUUCUUCGAAGGACGGGAAAUCAAGCCACGAAGCAAUGGGUGACGAGUGGUUGCGAAAUGGGAACUGCCCGAUAGCAAAGUCAUACCGGGCAGUCGGCAACUUCCUCCCUCUUGUGGCGAAGGUCCUUCAGCCUCCUCCCGGCAUGAAAUACAGGUGUCCUCCCGCCAUUGUUGCUGCCAGAAGUGCUCUAGCGAAAACUGCUUUCGCCAAAAACCUCCGCCCGCAGCCUCUACCUGCAAAAGUACUUGUGAUAGGCCUACUAGGAAUGGCGGCGAAUGUCCCCCUCGGAAUCUGGAGAGAACACACAGAGAAAUUCUCACCAUCAUGGUUCGCUGCUGUCCAUGCCGCCGUCCCAUUCAUAGCCAUGCUUAGGAAAUCAGUGCUGAUGCCCAAGUCUGCGAUGGCAUUCACGAUCGCAGCGUCCAUUCUAGGACAGGUGAUCGGUUCCAGGGCAGAGAGGCAUCGUCUGAAGAGCGUUGCUGCCAAGAAACAGUCAGAGGAAGUUGUCCAGAUGAAUCAACUUGCUGCUGCUGACGGACUUUGCCGGGAAAGGGCUGAUUGGAAUGCGGUUAGCGUUGCGAUGACCUCGCCUUCGAACUGAUGAUGUGUUCUUGAUCAGGUUUGAUGCUUUUGAUCUGCUAAAGUGUCUUCUUGUUCUUGAUUUAAUGAGUUUUUUCUGAGAUUGAUGAAGCCAAAGAAAAGAUGAAUAAAUGUGGGAGUGAGAUGAGAUGAAAUGAGGUGUUGUUGAACUAAGUUUGUGUUUAUGAUGAUAUUAUGAGGCUUAAGUUGAAAUUCGUUGAAUUUGUUUGUUGAUGAGGCCUUUUGGUUGAUUCUCUUUUAGGCCUUCAAAUACUGUUUAAAGAAUUGUGUAUUUCUAAAAAAUGAUUUGGUGUCUAUUGUUUGAUUUAUUUAUUUUA